CGCGAUGACGCGCGCGACGAAGCGCGCGGGAAAGACGCGCGCGACGAAGGCGCCGGCGCGCGCGUCGAAGCGCGCGCGAGGGGAGACGCCGGUGAAGGAGGAGACGACGCGACGAAGGCGAGGCGGCGCGCGAGACGCGGACGAGGACGACGAGACGGACGCGACGGAGGCGCCGGCGAGCGGACGGUCGUCGGAGGACGCGGUGGAUUACUUUGGGGACGUCGAUGGAUGGGCGAGCGACGACGAGGACGCGCCGCAGUACCCGCUGGACGCGGUGGUGAAGGUGUUCGCGACGCACACCGAGCCGAACUGGAGCCUGCCGUGGCAGCGAAAGCGACAGAGCUCGAGCACGAGCACGGGGUUCGUCAUAGAGGGGAAUAUGGUGCUGACGAACGCGCACAGCGUGGAACAUCACACGCAGGUGAAGCUGAAGAAGCGCGGGAGCGAUAAAAAGUACGUGGCCAAGGUGUUGACCAUCGGCGUGGAGUGCGACUUGGCGCUGUUGACGGUGGAGGAGAAGGAGUUUUUCGAGGGCGUGGCGCCGGUGAAGUUCGGCGUGUUGCCUCGCUUGCAAGACAGCGUCACUGUGGUUGGGUAUCCGGUGGGUGGGAUCGCGAUUAGCGUCACGAGUGGGGUGGUUAGUCGGAUAGAGGUGACGUCGUAUUCGCACGGCGCGACGGAGCUUUUGGGGGUGCAAAUCGACGCGGCUAUCAAUUCUGGCAACAGCGGGGGUCCGGCGUUCGGGCGCGAAGGGCAGUGCGUGGGUGUGGCGUUUCAAUCGCUCAAGGACUCGGACACCGAAGGAAUCGGCUACAUCAUACCGACGCCCGUCGUCGACCAUUUUAUUAGCGACUUCAAGAGGACGGGCGUGUACAACGGUUUCCCGGCGCUGCAGUGCGAGUUCCAGCGCUUGGAGAACCCAUCGCUUCGGAAGAGUCUCGGGAUGAAACCCGCGCACAACGGCGUCUUGCUUCGACGUCUAUCGCCUCUCGCGCCGGCUGCCAAGGUGUUGAAACGCGGCGAUGUGUUGAUGAAAUUCGACGGCGUCGACGUCGCUUCCGACGGCACCGUGGUUUUUAGAACGGGCGAGCGCAUUAACUUUUCUUAUUUAGUCUCUCGCAAGUACGUCGGCGAUAGUGCUGCGGUCACCGUCCUACGCGAUGGCAAGAUGAUGAAUUUCGACAUUUCGUUGACGCCGCACGACCGCCUCGUUCCGGUGCACAUCGAGGGCAAGCCUCCGUCGUAUUACAUUUGCGCGGGCAUCGUCUUCACCGUGGUGUGUGUGCCGUACUUGCGAUCGGAAUACGGUAAAGAUUACGAUUACGACGCUCCGCUGCGUUUACUGACGAAGAUGAUGCACGGGCACAAGGAGAAGCCAGACGAUCAAGUCGUCGUCGUGAGUCAAGUGCUCAACUCGGACAUCAACAUUGGCUAUGAAGACAUCGUCAACGUCGUCGUGUGCGGCGUGAACGGUAAAUCCGUGAGAAACUUGCGCGAACUCGUGAAAAUCGUCGAAGGCUGCAAGCACGAGUACUUGAAAAUCGAGCUCGAUCAAUCGAUACAAAUCGUGCUCGAGACCAAGGCGGCGAAAAAAUCCACGAAGGAAAUUUUACACACCCACUGCAUCCCGAACGCGUCGAGCGUGGACUUGCGCUGAGCGCGAGGCGAGCGCUUCAAAGACGACGAUGAUGAUUAGUAUCGACUAGCAC